CAGGGUAAUCAGAGCAGAAUUUCCACAAUGUUUCUUUUCUUUCGUCACCAUCUCCCAAGUCAACAAAUGGAAGCCUUAUAAAGAAUUCAGCAAAGUCUUCCUUAGCCAUCGCAUGUAUUUGUCUAUCGCAUUAAGGAUUCUCAGGUCUCAGUUGAAGGCCACUGCCUUCCCAAUCCUCAUUUGACGACUGAUGGUCUCUCUUUUUCCCACAGAAGAAGGUUCGAGCCUGGAGGAAAUCGGCUUCAACUGGGGAGAAUAUUUGGAAGAAACAGGUGCCAGUGCAGCUCCACACACAUCAUUCAAACAUGUUGAAAUCAGCCUGCAGAGCAACUUCCAGCCGGGAAUGAAGUUGGAAGUGGCCAACAAGAACAACCCGGACACAUACUGGGUGGCCACGAUCAUCACGACGUGCGGGCAGCUGCUGCUUCUGCGCUACUGCGGUUACGGCGAGGACCGCAGGGCGGACUUCUGGUGUGACGUGGUCAUAGCGGAUCUGCACCCCGUGGGGUGGUGCACGCAGAACAACAAGGUGUUAAUGCCUCCGGACGGUGAGCCACGCUGAAUCGCAGCUGAUGGGCCUUCCUGGUGGCUGUCCACACUGGGAGGAGCAUGUUGAGGACCCCUAGUGGAUUUGAGUAGGAAGGUCUUCCCGGCUCUUUCAAAAUCGCUUCUGGGGCUUCGGGAGCCCAGGGCGCCCGGGAGGCGGGAGAUGGCGGGAGAUGGUUUCCCCAUGGUGGCGCUGGUCCUGGCCGUUGAGCCAACCACAGCUUGGAGACUCUUGGUUGCUUUCAAGAGAUAGGGAAGGGAAGGUUGAAGGAGUGCCGAGAACCGAGGUCAUGAUUCUGCUUGGUGAUUGCGUUGCUCCUUUUACGCGUUGGUGUUGGCAUGUUGAAUAGGACUGGGGAGCAUUUUAAACGGACUUCCUCCAGUAAGUUUUCACCUGUCGUGCGGUGGGGAGGCGGUCAGGGUGGGAAGCCUUUGUAAACGGAACAGUUGAGGAG